AGUCGGUGACGUGCAGCUAGAAAGCGGGACCUGCCCUCCCGUCGCCAUUUUUUUUUGGGUCUAACGCUCGCACUUUGGUUGGCUUGAGAAAGAGGAGGACUUGCUUGGGAAAAGAAAGGAAAGUACAAAACGUAGACUCUCCGAGUCUGGAUACUUCGUGAGCCGUCAGGAAUGCACGCGGGAGCUCCGGAGUGCGAGUCCAAGUCCUGGGAUGCUCACGCGGCAGACACACCGCUGCAUUGAAUUUGUUUCUCGGGUGAAGACGUGUUGCGGGGCCGCCAUUUUUCUUGCUGUGUUGCCUCAAAACUCUGCUUCGACUCAGAGAAGGAACUCGGAAAGCUCUUUAUUUGACGCGUGCCUCGCCGUGAAAGGGAUUUGAGUUAUUUACUUGUUACCUACCAGCGGCUGCUGUCAACCUUUUGCUGACAUGGGGAUUCAUCGGAUGAAAAACUGAGGCCACCUUUUCCGUUCUCAUAACUGACACUGUCUGAAAGCGAUACACAAUUUGUAGAAAAGCUUGGUGUUUUCUCGGAAGGCGGAACGAAAAGAAGGAAGCCUCUUUGAUCGUUUGCAGCUUGGGCCUCCGACGGUGUUUGUUUUCUGUCAGUUAAUCAUUCUCUUCGUUUUUGGCUCCUUCAACAAUUCUUCAGCUUCGGACUGCUGAGCCAGAGGAAGCGCAUUAUGCUCCAAAGUUGGAUCAAGUCACUCGCUCCCUAUUCCUGAAAACUUCAGAUUUAUUUUGAUUUUUCUUAUUUAUUCAGGUCGACAGAGCCUGCAGCGUUUGUGCAGAAAUUACUGGAAACCGUUCCAGGGUGGCGCAUGCCCUGCCCUGCAUCUUCCAAAACCAACGGUUUGCUGUGAGAGUACGAUUGCUUGAACUCCCACUUUCACGUUUUUUUUUUUUAAUUUCUAUUAACUUAUAUUUGAACAGAAAUGUCAACUGCUCGGUUUGAGUCAUCCGACCGCUCGGCCUGGUAUUUUGGACCCGUGUCACGACAGGAAGCACAGAACAGGUUACAGGGACAGAGGCAUGGCAUGUUUCUAGUUCGAGAUUCCUCCACCUGCCCAGGCGACUAUGUGCUGUCAGUGUCGGAGAACUCCAAGGUUUCUCACUAUAUAAUCAAUUCUUUGCCCAGCAAGAGGUUUAAGAUAGGCGACCAAGAGUUUGAACACCUCCCAGCUCUCCUGGAGUUCUACAAAAUCCACUACCUGGACACGACUACGCUAAUAGAACCUGCUCCCAGGUAUCAAAGUACCAUCAGCAGUCCCAUUCAGCCUAUGAUUGGCUUAGAGGAGAACCUGGAGUAUGUGCGGACACUAUACGACUUCACUGGGAGCGACGCGGAGGACCUUCCAUUCAAAAAGGGUGAGCUCCUCAUCAUCCUGGAGAAGCCUGAGGAACAGUGGUGGAGUGCCAAAAAUAGAGACGGACGUGUCGGUAUGAUCCCUGUGCCCUACGUUGAGAAAUUGGUACGACCACCCCACCCUGGCCAGCCCACACACGGAUCUCGCAACUCCAACAGUUACGGGAUACCUGAGCCCUCUCACACCCUUGUUAACGCCUACGCCCAACCUCAGACGUCAUCCCCGCUGCCUCCCGGCACACCCGGAGCAGUCAUCAAUCCACUUCCCUCCAUGCCGAAUGGUCCUGUUGUGGCAAAGGCUAUCCAGAAACGAGUGCCAUGUGCCUAUGACAAAACAGCUCUUGCUCUAGAGGUCGGGGAUAUUGUUAAUGUGACACGAAUGAACAUCAGCGGCCAGUGGGAAGGCGAAGUGAAUGGACGAAGGGGUCUCUUCCCUUUCACCCAUGUCAAAAUUAUAGAUCCCCUGAAUCCUGAUGAGAGUGACUGACUCAGGAGUUGAGCUGAAGCCUCUCGACACGUACCUGAAGCAGCUGGCCGUGUCUGCCUCUCCCCAGCGGUGUCGCCAUUAUGUUCCUGCCUGCUUGGGGGCUGUGCUAUGACGGUGACCCCAUCUGUUCAUGUUGCCAGCUGUGGCAAGGCUUUCUGACCGUUUACAGCUGUGGACACCAGAGCUCUACGAAAACAUGAACUAUUGUCCCUUAGUUCAUUUUAUCUUUCUGUCGUAUUUACAGAGGGCAGUUUUGUUUUCCAGAACAUCACUGGGCAUCAGUCGUUUUUGCAUGUAAAAGUGUGCGCACGUGCGUGAUAUGUCUUUUUUUUCUCUCUCCCCCUGAACAUUUGUCAGAAGUCUUGGAUUGUGUGUGUGUGUGUGUGUGUGUGUGUGUGUGUGUGUGUGUGUGUGUGUGUGUGUGUGUGUGUGUGUGUGUGUGUGUGUGUGUGUGUGUGUGUGUGUGUUGCAAGGGAAAAGGCAUUAUCUGUGUAACCUUUAGAGCACUGGGCCAACGAGGAGCUGACCAGCCAGUAACCCCCCCCCCCCCCAAAUCAAGACCCUGUUGUACCACACACGUUUGGCUGUGAGUUGAUGAGUGACUGAUUCAUUUCUCUGUUUUAAUUUAUUUUUAUCCGUAAAAUCAAAAAGAUUGAGAAGAAAAGGCAUUUCUGCAGAUUUUUGCCAUAAUUUGCCACCAUUUUUAUGUCCUUGUGUUGAUUCCAUUGCUAUCUUUGUUUGUGCCAUCUGAUCAAAAAAUUGAUUUUACUUAUCUUGAAAACUUCAAUGCCAUACAGUACCUCUUUAAAAUUAGUUAGACAUUUUUUGGAGUUUCUGUGACCAAAACCAACUUUGUCCCUCUAAGUGCCAAGCCUCUGCCUGGGUCAUUAGUAAUAUGGUCAGCUUUUCCCUCCAGAAACGACUAAAGUCUAAAAUGCUCCUUUUGGUGACGGGCGCCAGGGUAAGCGAGAUGUUCAGCAAACCAAUGAAAUCCCACGAAUGCCUUCUGAAUAAGACUUCUGCUUUCAGUGCAUGAGAGCCCAUCUCAGACUGACUAUUUUAAAUGUUAUUAAAAGCUCGGAUUGUGCACGUCUUUCUUACUGUGCAACAACCAGCAGGACCUCAAGAUUGAACAGAACUAACGUAAAAUGUCUCUUCCCUCUCCAUCUCCAAUUUGUGUGCGUGUGUGUGGUCAGACUUGGCAUUUAAAUUGUGCUUUUAAAAGUUUUUUUGUGUAUGUGUGUCUUUUAAAGUGACUUCCAAAAGGGAAAAAUGCCUGCUGGUUGCCCUACGUGCAUGAUCUCUUGACCGAGGAAACGGUUCACCUGGACGAAAAGCUGCUUUUUGUUAUAUUUUAUUGGAUAAAAGUUUUAAUUCUAGCUGGUAUGCGUGGACAUCCGAGUGGGUUUUUCAUGUUAAAAUUAAUAAAUUCUAAUCGAGCAAUACACGCUGAUAGUUUCCUUACCUGAGGUGAACUUGCUUUUCUCUCGCUACCCAGUUAUUUCAUAAAGACAUUAACAGUAUUACGUGCUCUCGCCUCGUAUUCUAGGAAAGCCUGUCCUUUACUUAAGAACUGAAAAUUGUGCCUUUUUAUUUUCUUAUGCCAUUUACAUGUGUUAAUAUUUCCCAUGGUUAACACCUGUGCUGGUAUUGACCCUUUAUGUACAGAACAAUUAAAUAAAAAGUAUGUCUACUUCUUUAA